AUGAUGCUUGAAGUUCCAGUUAAUGAUUCAGAACCCAAAGAAAAAUUGAACACUGAUAAUGAUGGUAAGGAUAACACUGGAGAUGAGACUGUGGAAAUUGCUGAUGUCUUGCCAUCAGUACAGAGUUCACUUUGUGAAACUGAAAGUGCACACGGUGAAGAUGUUAUAGAAAAUACAGUUUUGGGGAGUGAAGAAAAAAGUAUUUCCAGUAAAAGCAGUGAGGCACAAGGGCAGUUAGGUUACAUCAAAAGUGUAAGUCUUCAUACUGACGAUAGCAACUCAAGCAAUCUGGAAGAAAGCUUGAACUCAGAUAUUGAGAGUUCAAGUGUAAGGAGUGAUAGCUCGAAAUGCAAAGAUCAGGAGGCUAAGGAUGAGGUUCAGCAAAAGGAACCAGAAACAAGGAUGACCUUGAGGCAGAGCAGCAGACUACGCAGGCAACCGCUUCAUGUACCUCAUCGCCGUGGUAGAGGCCGUGGUAGAGGAAUCUCACGUCCAAAACGCACCCGAAUAAAGACCUUGGCAGUUAUUAAUUCAUCUACCGAUUCCCAGGAGGAGAAUGAUGCUGGUUUUACAUCUAGUAGAAGGCAUGAAAGGAGGCUUGGGCCACGAAAGCAAAUGAGGAAUUUAAGAAAGCAUAGGCAAGUUAGUACAGAUGAUGAUGAUGGAUUCAGUGAUCCAGAUGUGAACAAAAAGACAGCCAAAAAUCUCAUCUUUAACAAUGCAACUUUCCAAGCAAUGUUAAGGAGAAGCAGUUCCAGGAUUAUUUUAGAUGAUGCUGAAGAAGAAGAGAAAAGCCAAGAUGAGCAUUCACUCCAGCAGCCAGUUUUGACAAAAUCACCCCAGAGCAAAAAUGAAGAUCAAGCUGAUGAUCAGGGAGCUAAGAAUUCAGGUGAUGUUAGUCCAAAGAUCUGUGAAAAUAAUGAGAAAGAUACAAAGUCAACACCAAGUGUUGAAUUGGUUGGAAAUCAGCUUACAGAAAAUCCCAAAGUAAGAGUGCUUAGGAAAACAGCAAGUACUGUAGAAGUCAGUGAAAGUUUAACAACCAGAGCUAAAAGAUUGAAAAAUAGAGAAGCAGCCAUUUCAGACAAGAAUGUUAGAUUGCCUAUUAGUAAAAGAAUAGUUGAAAAAUCACAAGGAAAGGCACAAGAAGACAGACAAGGUAAAGACAAGAGACAAGAUGAAAAUUGUGAUUCUGAGAAUGCUAAACAUGAAGAUAGUCCUACACAAGAGGGAGGUCAAGUCAAAGUGGGACCAGCAGCACAAAGUGAACGAAAUGUGGAUGAUGACAUAGAAGAAACUCUUAGAAGGUUAGAUGGUCCCUCACCACACACUGUACUAAGGAGCCCACCCUGCCCUUCAGAAAAAUUGAAGGAGCAGAAUUGUGCUAGAAAGCUUUUGACUGGGGCAUCUGGAGACCAAGAGAUAAAAGAGACAGAAUCUAGCUCAAAUGAAAGUGAUAUUAAGAAUUCUGUGAAAAGUAAUUCAGCAUCAAAGGAAGAGGUAGGACGAAAAGAAACAUCAGAUCAAUAUGAUGAAAUUUCAAAAACUCCAGAAAUUGCAAUAUCAUCUGAACAGCCUGUGGCAUCCAACCUCAAGCCAUCCACAAGUAAAGUACAAGAAAAAACAGAACAGUUGGCUGUGGAAGAUUCAUUAAAAGAAGCAGAUGAACAUUUGAAAGCUGAAAGUAGUGAGACAGUGUGUCAUGAUACACCAGCUCUCUCAAGUGUAGCAACAUCUAACAUUGUAUCUGAAAACACCUGUCAAGGAAAAGAGAGCUCCAGUGACAAUAGAAGUACUAACACUAACAAUAAUGGUGGUAGAGUCAGUAGUAUAGGUGAUGAUGAAAACAGCUGUGGAGGUAGUGGCACAGGUGGUGAUGGAGGUGGUGAUGGAAAUGAUUCAGGGAGCAAUAGUAACAGUCCUGUGAGAAAUGUUCUUCUGAAGUCGGUGCAGUACAGUGAUGGCAUCAAUGAUCAUGACUCAGAGUAUCGUGACUCAAUGUGGAAUAUGGCCUUCCUAACACCAGAACGAAGGGAGAGGGAUGAGAUAUCUCCGCCUCAACCAAGCUCACCAGGACGCUCAGACUCCUCAACCAUCAGAAGAAACCUUUCGAGACAGCAGUUAUAUCCAGCAAUUGUAACACUACAGCCUGGAAGCUUUGAAAGCCCUGUGAGAAGAGAACGAUCAGAUUCAUCAUUCAAUCUCCACAUACCCUCAUACAGUGAGAUGGAAGAAAAGGGCCCAAGUAGUGACGAAAAUGUGGAAAUCAUUUUUGACAAGAAUAGUGCAAAAAAGAAAGAAUGUGCAAUAAGCAAAGGGCAAAGAGUCAAUGACAAUCAGCAAGUUUGCAGCAGGGAGGAAGGUAGCAGUGUUAGUGGUGAAGACUGUGCAAGUCAGUCGAUAAGUAAUAUAGUUUUAGAAGGGCAGGGUGAAGGUAUUAAGGCAAUAGAUGAUAAGGAAAAUUCGCCAGGAAAAGAAUUGGGAACUUUACAUGAUAAGGAAAUUUUAUUCGAUUCCCCAUCCAGUAAGAGUGAUAAAGUAACCCAGAACUCAUCAACCAUCAGUGAACUGAACAAGGAUUCAGCUUCACCUAAGGAUUUAGGUAAACAUUCACAGAUAUCCUCAGGUAUGCCAGAGGAUUCUAGCGAAUUUCCCAAGAGAGAGUCUGAUCAAGUUAGUCUAUAUCAUAGUCCAACGAAGGAUGCCAGUAAGACUCCACCAACUGAAGUACUAUCAGAGGAUGCUACUGAUAAUGAACUGGUGAAGUCAGCCAAAGGUGAAAUGGAGUCCUGUGUCAAUCCAACAAGGGACGUUUCAUUGGAAAAUGUUGGUGAAAUAGAGCAAAAGAACUCUGUUGAAGCAAGUAGAAAAGACAGCGACAAAGAUCUAGGGGUGAAAUCUUGUGACACUUCAGCAAAGGAUACCAGUACAUCAGUUGUGAAGGACUCAGUGGAAGAAUCCAUUGAAAUUUCAGUGAAGGCUUCUGGUGAAGUUUCAUCAAAGGAUUCCAGUGAAGUUUCAGGGAAAGUCCCUGUUGAAAAUUUCAAGGAGGACUUGAGUGAUAUUUCCUUGAAGAACUCCAGCAAAGUUUCAGCAAAGGACUCUCAUGAAAUUUCAGUAAAGGACACCAAUGUUUCAUUAAAGGAUUCUCAAGAAGUUUCAGUGGAGGACUCUUGUGAUGUUUCAGUGGAGGUCUCUAGUGAAGUUUCAAAGAAGAACCCUCAAGAAGUUUCAGUGAAGGACUCCAGUGAUGCUUCACCAAAGGACUCCAGUGAUGCUUCACAAAGGACUCCAGUGAUGCUUCACCAAAGGACUCCAGUGAUGCUUCACCAAAGGACUCCAGUGAUGCUUCACCAAAGGACUUCAGUAAUACUUCAUCAAAAGACUCCAAUGAAGUUUCUGGAAAAGAUUCCACUGAUAUUUUGUCAAGGGACUCUUGUGAUGUUUCAGUGGAGGUCUUUAGUGAAGUUUCAAAGAAGAACCCUCAAGAAGUUUCAGCGAAGGACUCCAGUGAAGCUUUAUCAAAGGACACCAGUGAUGCUUCACCAAAGGACUCCAGGGAUGCUCACAAAGGACUCCAGGAUGCUUCACCAAAGGAGUGCUUCACCAAAGGACUCCAGGGAUGCUUCACCAAAGGACUCCAGUGAUGCUUCACCAAAGGACUCCAGUGACUGUGAUGCUUCACCAAAGGAUGCUUCACUCUAG